CAUCCGUCGACAACCCUUCGUCAAAAGCGUUUCCUGCACGACUACCGGCCAUGGCUUCGAGGAGUCUCGCGAUGAGGCUGAACCAAGGCCUGCGUGCCCAGCGGGCCAUUCAGUCCGUCAAGUCGAGGUCCAAGCCCGGCCUCAUCCGAAGUCUUGCUACUCCUGUCCAUCACGGCGCAACCACCGAGAGCACUACGUUGAGCAAUGGCUUCACUAUUGCCACCGAACACUCCCCGUACGCCCAGACCAGCACCGUUGGCGUCUGGAUCGACGCCGGCUCCCGCGCCGAAACGGACAAGACCAAUGGCACCGCCCACUUCCUCGAACAUCUUGCCUUCAAGGGCACGCAAAAGCGCUCACAAUCCCAGCUCGAGCUCGAGAUUGAGAACAUGGGUGGACAUUUGAAUGCCUACACCAGCCGCGAGAACACCGUCUACUACGCCAAAGCCUUCAACGACGAUGUGCCCGCAACUGUGGACAUCCUCGCCGACAUUCUGCAGCACAGCAAGCUCGAGCCCAGCGCGAUUGAGCGGGAAAGAGAUGUCAUCCUCCGAGAGCAAGAGGAGGUGGACAAGCAGCUGGAGGAGGUGGUCUUUGACCAUCUGCACGCCACAGCGUUCCAAGGCCAGCCUCUUGGACGCACCAUCCUCGGACCCAAGGAGAACAUCCAGGCCAUCUCGAGAGACGACUUGACCAACUACAUCAAGACCAACUACACUGCCGACCGCAUGGUCCUGGUCGGUGCAGGAGGCGUUCCCCACCAGCAGCUUGUCGAGCUCGCCGAAAACUACUUCUCCGGCAUGCCCGCUUACAACCCCAACGCCCAAGAUGUUGCUUCCGUUCGUGGCCUCGAGAAGAAGCCCGACUUUGUCGGCUCGGAAGUGAGGAUACGCGACGACACCCUGCCCACCGCCAACAUUGCCAUCGCAGUCGAGGGCGUCAGCUGGAAAGACGAUGAUUACUUCACCGCCCUCGUCACCCAAGCGAUCGUGGGCAACUGGGACCGCGCGAUGGGCAACUCGCCCUACCUCGGCAGCCGCCUCAGCACCUUCGUGCACGAGCACAAACUCGCCAACUCGUUCAUGUCGUUCAGCACAUCCUACUCCGACACCGGCCUGUGGGGCAUCUACCUCGUCACCGACAACGUCACCCGCAUCGACGACCUCGUCCACUUCACGCUGCGCGAGUGGUCUCGUCUGAGCUUCCAAGUCACCGAGGCGGAGACCGAGCGCGCCAAAGCCCAGCUCAAGGCCUCCAUCCUCUUGUCCCUCGACGGCACCACUUCCGUCGCCGAGGACAUUGGCCGCCAGAUCAUCACCACCGGCAGACGUCUGAGCCCCGAGGAGGUCGAGCGGGCAGUGAGCGAGGUGACGGAGAAGGACAUUAUGGCGUUUGCGCAGAAGAAGCUGUGGGAUCGCGAUAUUGCCAUCAGUGCUGUUGGGCAGAUUGAGGGGUUGCUGGAUUACUCGCGGAUCCGGAACGACAUGUCGAGGAUGUUGUCGUAGGGGAGAGUGAGGUUGAUGGUGAUGGUGGUGGGUGGCAGCACACGAGUUUAGUACAAUUCGGAUAGAAGAUCGAUGCGCUCGCUGCCCGAAGUACUUCUGGUAGCCAUACUCCGUCGUAGAUAGUUAGUGUAUGUACAUUACACCGUGGUCAUCGGC